AUGACCGGAACCGAGCGUAAAGUGUUUCAAGUAAGUUUUUUUCUUAUUUUUACAUUGAUUUUUAGGUUUUUAGGAAGGAAAGAUGUUAUAUUAGAAUGUAAUGGAGUUAAGGAUUAUGUUAUUUACGUAGAGUUACUGCUUUUGGACUUUUUAAGCCUAGAUUUAGUUAAAAUCGCUGAGGGAGACUUAUUUUCUAACCUAACUUUAUUUCAGAAAUACUAUCCACCGGAUUUCGAUCCAAACAAGCUUACCAAGGCUAAGGGAAAGAAGGGAAGUUCACAGUUUGUUCAGCGUGUGAUGGCCCCGUUCAACAUGCAGUGUAACAAAUGUGCUGAGUACAUUUACAAAGGAAAGAAGUUUAACAUGAGACGAGAAACAGCACAAGGUGAAGACUAUUUGGGAUUGAAGAUCUUUAGGUUUUACUUCAGGUAAGUUGGUUUCUCUAUGUUUUUUUUUGAUUUUAGGUAAAGGAAAGAAGUGUUUUGAAGGAUAUGAUGGUGUAGUAGACAAUAAUUAUUCGUAACUUUAUUCUUUACGAACAUUUUAGGUUUAGUCUUUAAGUUUAGGCUUUAUGGUUUAAUAUAUUGUUUUUACUAAGCUUUUAAGGCCAAAAAAUACAUUUUGAAAGAUAUGUUUAUACUUUAGAUGUUCUAGAUUUGAUAAAAACACUCUUUUUCAUUGCUUUUGGUAAACUGAAAAAAUAUGUUUUUAAAAUGCUCUUUUAGACUAUUUUUUCAACCUUGUAUACUUUCAGAUGUCCAAACUGCCUCGCUGAGCUUGUAUUCAAAACAGAUAUUGAGAAUGUAGACUACCAGAUGGAACAUGGAGCCACCCGACUUUUUGAAGCUGCAAAAUACUACCAACAAAAGCAAAAAGAAGCUGAAGAGUUAGAGGAAGCAGAGAAGAAUGAUCCUAUGAAAGUAUUGGAGAAGAGAACAGAAGCCAGUAGAGCUGAAAUGGAAGCCGUUCACAAGUUAGGAGAGCUUCAGGAAAUGAACAGAAGGAACAACAAGGUCGACUUGAUAAGCUUUUUGGAUUCUCAACAGAUGGACGUGCAACUAACUCAAGCGCAACGCCACAAGUUACAAGAAGAAGAAGAUGAAAAAGAAGUUCAGAGAUUGAUGGCUAAGAAGAAGGUUGAAGUUAAAGAAGAGACGGAAGAAGUGGCAGAAGAGGAACAAAAGCCAUCUAGUUCGAAGAUUCAAUGGAAAGCACCUGCUAAAAGAAAUGCUCCGAAUUUACUUGCUGGAUUUAUAAAGAAGAAAGCAAAGGUUAAAGAAGAAGUGAAGCCUAAAUCCGAAGUUCUUUCGUCUUCUAUUACAUCGGAUACUCCUUCGUCGUCAAAUGGUCUCUUAGCUCCUCGUACUUCUGCAUCUACUAGCAUUGCACAGAUUGGAUCAUCAUUACCUAUUGAGAUGCCAGAAGAACCUGGAUGUUCAACAUCAACUUCUAUAUUGGUCGACAAAGCUGGUGGAACGACUGGCAAACCUGUCUCUAAUAGAGCUGCUGUUUUAGGAGCUUUGGUUGGAAAUUAUGGUUCAUCUUCAGAAGAUGAAGAAUGA